AUGACUGGCGUCCGCUCCAGCUACCUCAGCGGCUUGCUUGAUCGCUUCCAGAAGCUCGCAACGGUCGUCGAGCCGGGCAACUCGAACGAUGGAGCUCAAUGCCUCCCGCAAACGACGAUUCUCAUCUUUAUCAUCUUGUACAGCCUUGGCCUGUCUCUUGCGAAAAGCUGCUUGGGAUUGCCGGCCCCGUUCACGGCGCCGCUGUUCACAGUCAGAGGCCGUAUCACGCCCCGGAGGUCUCCGUUAUCAGUACCCACUUGCAAGUCUUCAUCUGCUUUUGCCAUAUUCCCGACUACGUGA